CGAGAAAAGGAAACACGCCCCGAACCCGCCCGACAGCUACGGAGGAGGAGGAGGGUGUGCGCGGCGCUGAGAUCCAGAGCCUGUCGGGCCCUCCCUCCCCGCACAGCCUGACUCACUUCCCUUACGGUGCCCAUCCCAGCGCGCCCGGAAUACCAGAUAACACCAUGGAUGAAUAUAAAGGCAUGACAGAUAAGGAACUUAUCGCACGAUUGAAAAAAUACAGCAUCCCCCACGGGCCAGUUGUUGGAUCUACCCGGAAACUUUAUGAAAAGAAAAUCUAUGAAUAUGAGACUGAGCGGACUCAAUAUCCUUCGCCUGGAGGAUCUGUGUCCCACAUAGAGCCAGCCACCAGCCAAAGCUACGUAAAAGAGACCUUUGUGAAUCCACGGAAAAGGGACGACUUCAGUUAUGGACGAGAAGCUCUUGGCUCCACAAGAACUUACUUCAAAGACUAUGUCCCAACAAGACAGGAAUACUAUUCUGAGUACAGAGAUGAAGAUCCCAGUCCCACCAAGUCGUAUCUGAGUUAUAAUUACAGUUUGCCCCACCAUGAAGAGCAUUCUUCAUACGCAACAGAAGAUAUGGAUGUGAACACUUCUGAGCCCUCCGGAUCUUCCUAUCGGAGUUACUCAUCUUUAUUAAGCCAUACUACAUCUCCAGGGACGGUGAGCGCCCGCCAACCAAUUGCGGAGCCAUAUCCUUACACUUCCAGUGAGAAGGAUAUGCCAGCUGAGAGGUACCGAGACAGCAGUUCCUACCAGAGUGUUUUCCAACGAAAAUCAUCUGGCUUGUCUUCGCUUCAGGUGCAGCCCCGCCGUGCCAUACAUCCAGAACGCCAGGCCCAGGUGGCGGAGAAGGCUGUGGGGAGCAAUGCAGAAACCAAGCGAUACCUCCCCCUCUGGCUCCAGCUCCUGGUGUUUGGGCUGCUGGCUGCCUUUCUGGCCUUCAUCUACUUCUUACAGGGAGGGGCCGAUGAUAACCCCUUUGUCAAGUACAUUAGUCAGUAAAAGUCUUGGCUUUUAUUACUAAGCUGGCUCCCCAAGAGCCUAGGCCAGUCUUAGAUGACCUGGUUCCCUUCAGAUUGGUUGAGGCUGUAAUUUCCAGAAGUCACAGCCCGUUGGCUGAGAUGCUGUGAUUUGCAGUCCUAACCCAGCCAGAAGCCACCACAAUGGCCAGGAGUGGCCUAGAAUUUUGUGUGGGGUUUGUUUAUUUGUUUGUUUGUUUGUUUGGGGUGGGUGGG